AUGGUUCUGCACAACCCCAACAACUGGCACUGGGUCGACAAAAACUGCAUUGACUGGACUCGACAAUACUUCCAGGAGAAGCUGCCUGGUCUGGAGGCCACCAGCAAGGGAGGAGAGGUCAAGGCUAAGAUCGACAAGGUCACCUCUGUGGAGGGAGAUGUUGAUGUCAGCCAGCGAAAGGGCAGACUGAUCUCGCUCUUUGAUGUUGAGAUCAAGCUUGCUUUCUCCGGUACCAACGGCCCCGAGGAGGCCUCUGGUACUAUUACCAUCCCUGAGGUUGCUUACGACACCGAGGAGGACGAGUACCAGUUCAACGUGGUCAUCACCGACGACUCGUUUGCCAAGCUGCCCGUCAAGGAGCUUGUUCUGUCGGACAUUGUCCCCGAGCUGCGAAAGCGACUAUUCCAGUUCAAGGAUGAUCUGCUGACCACCAAUGGAGCCUCUAUCCAGCAUCCUGCGGACCAGGUUAAAUCCAAGCUGACCCUGGGCAACCUCAACAAGCAGAGCGAGUCUGCCGGUGCAAAUUCCUCUAACUCCACUACUGCCGCUGCUGCCCCCAAGUCCUCGGGAUCUUACAACACCACUAACAUUGAGCUGGACCCCAUCUUCCACACCUCGGCCGACCAGCUGUACCAGACCUUCCUGGACCCUCAGCGAGUUGCCGUGUGGUCUCGAGCACCCCCGCAGAUCGAGGAGAAGGAGGGAUCUGAGUUUGCUCUGUUCGGUGGGAACGUGUCUGGAAAGAUCACCAAGCUGGAGAAGAACAAGCGAAUCGUGCAGAGCUGGAGACUCAAGGAGUGGAAGGAGGGACACUUCUCCACUCUAGAUCUGGAGUUCAAACAGGGAACCAGCGAUACGAAGUUGAUUGUCAAGUGGUCUGGAAUCCCUGUUGGCCAAGAGGAUGUUGCCCGGGGUAACUUUGAGGAGUACUAUGUCAAAAGCAUCCAGGUUGCUUUCGGUUUCGGUGCUCCCCUGUAA